UUUCAAAUUGUGUAUUUUGUGUACACAACAAUUAAAAGUAGUUUAAAAUGAAGUUUCGAGCUUUAAUAACAGAAACUCCAGCAAUGAGAGAUUUUAUGAAUAUAACACUUAGCUUAUCAAAAUUUUCAAAAGAAUGUGUUAUGAGAAUAACAUCCAGACGGGUAUAUUUUAUAAUAUCUGAAGAAGAAUCAGGACCUAGAAGACCUCUAGUGUGGUGUGAAUUGCCUGUAAACUUUUAUUUUAAAGAAUACAAUGUUGUAGGCGUUAAUGAACAAUACAAUGAAAUUUAUUUAGAAUUUUCUACAAUUUUACUAGCCCGUUCAUUGUCCAUGUUGAAACAAGACGUGAAAACUUUUAAAAUAAAAUUAACUAACAAGGAAUCACCAUGCCUAACAUUAGAAAUAGAAUUGGUGGCUGGGGAAACAAACAGACAAGUUGUUCACGAUAUUCCUGUUGAAGUAAUUUCAAGAAAACAUUGGUCUGAUUAUGAAGAGCCUAGAUUUACUGAUUUUCAUGUGACAAUACAUAUGCCAAAUUUAAAAGCAUUGAAAAAUAUUGUUGAAAGAAUGAAAAUUAUGAGUCAUAGUCUAACAGUUAGCGCAACUAAAAUUGGGAGGUUGACACUAAAAAUAAGUACAAACAUUGUCACCCUAAGUGCCCAUUUUCCCGAUUUAAGUGUAGAAAGUUUUGCUGUGGGUCAAAUCCCAACCUUAAACAACUGUGAUGAUGAGGCUGAAGAAGUUGUAUGUUCAACAAUUGACAUAAAGAAAAUGCUGAUGUUCUUGUCUGGAUUGCAGUUCAACAGUUGCCGCACUGUUUGUAGUAUAGUUCAUGAAAAGAUGGUCAAGUUACAUUUGGAACAACCAGGAGCACUUACCAUACAAAUUUUCUUAACUGAAUUAAGUAUUUGAAUAAUUGAUUGUAACAAAAAUUAGUUUAAUUGCACAAUAUAUUGUUUUUUUUUAUUAAAACUAUUAUGUC